AUGUAAUCUGUAAUUGGAUCUAUUGAUUCCUCAACAACUGGGACUAGAUUCAUUAUUUGCAAUUUGAAUGGUGAAUAACUUAGUUACCAUCAUAUCACUCACAAACAAAUCACUCCUCACCAAGGGUGGUUAGAACAUGACCCUAUGGAAAUAUUGAAUAAUACCAUUGAGUGCAUUAAACAAGCCUAUAAGAAGAUGGAUGGAGAGCAUAAGUUAGUGACUAUUGGAGUAACAAAUUAAAGGGAAACUGUAGUAGCAUGGAAUAAAAAUACUGCAAUACCUUAUAUGAAUGCAAUUGUAUGGAGUGAUACAAGAACACAUGAUAUUUGUUAAGAAUACUUAAAUAAAUAUCCAAAGAACUAUUUUUAAUAAAAAACUGGAUUACCAAUUAAUACAUAUUUCAGUUCAUAUAAAUUGCAAUGGAUGAUUCAAAACAAUAAAACUCUUAAGGAUGAUCUCAAUUCGGGAAAUGUAUUGUUUGGAACAAUAGAUUGUUGGAUAGUAUGGAAUUUGACAAGGGAAUAAAAUCAUUUAACAGAUGUUACAAAUGCAUCAAGAACUAAUUUAAUGAAUUUGCAUACUCUUUAAUGGGAUGAGGAAUUACUAAAUCAAUUUAACAUUCCCAAAAAUUGUUUGCCUCAAAUUAAAGCAUCCAAUAGUAAUUUUGGUACAUUGAAAAUUCCUGAGUAUGAAGGUGUACCUAUCAAUUGUGUUUUGGGUGAUUAAUAAGCAGCAGCUAUAGGUCAUGCAUUAUUUCAUGAAGGAGAUUGCAAAAAUACACAAGGAAGUGGUCUUUUUAUUAUGGCAAAUAUUGGAUAAGAAAUUAGAAUCUCAGAGUAUGGCUUAUUAACUACUGUUUUAUACCAGAAAGAGAAUGAGAAGCCAAUUUAUGCUUUUGAAGGAGCUGUUGAAAGUGGAGGUUAGCUGUUCAACUGGGCAAAAGACAAAUUGUAAUGGUUUGAUACUUGGGAAUAAUUGAGUUAAAGUACAGAGAAUACAGAAGAUAAUGGAGGAGUAUAUAUAGUACCAGCUUUCAGUGGGUUAUUCACUCCCUUUUGGAAUUUCGAUGCAACAGGAACUAUAAUUGGUUUAAGUUAUUACACCACAAAGGAUCAUCUGAGGAGAGCCAUAUUAGAAUCAGUUUGCUAUAGGACAAAGGAUGUUAUAAAGGCCAUGGAAUAAUCAGGAAUUAAGAUUAAUAAGAUUCAUGUCGAUGGAGGAUUAACUAAGAAUAAGGAAUUGAUGUAAUUGUAGGCUGAUAUCACGCAAAAGAAAUUAGUAUACCCAGAAAUCAUUGAAUCUACUGCUUCAGGAGCUGCCAUGUUUGCUGCAGUGGGGUUGAAACUAUUGACAGAGUAGUAGAUCAUUUAGAAUAUGAAGGUCUAAUAAAUUUAUGAAGGGAUAAAGUCUUAUGAAAAAGAGUACAAAUAAUGGGAAUUAGCAGUUAAUUGUGCUUUGUAGUUCAAAAAGAUUGAAUGAAUAUUGUCUAUUUGAUAUUUUAAUGUAAUGUA